AUGACUGCCGUCGAUUCCGGCCCCAACUACGCCGGAUCAUUGGAUGCAGAGAAACAUGGGAUUCACACCUCCAUCUCAGCUCCGGCUGUCGAGCUAUUAGGGGAGGAGGCGAGCGCCAUAGAUCCAGAAAUCGAAAGACGAGUAAUUAGAAAGAUUGACCUGUUUCUCAUGCCUGCAAUGGUUCUCGGGUAUGGUCUUGUAUAUUAUGACAAGGCAAUCCUAGGGAGUGCAGCUCUCUUUGGCAUGACUUCAGAUCUGCACCUCUCCGUCGUGAAUAAUUCCACCACCCCACCCACAACUGAUACUUCGAGGCUCAGCUGGGCCACAUCUAUCUUCUACUUUGGUCAGCUGGCCGGAUCCUACCCCAUGACCUACAUGUUACAACGCUUCAACACUCGUUACAUACUAGGUCCCGCCGUAAUGCUUUGGGCAGUCAUUUGCGCUGCAACUGCAGGUGUCACUGACUGGAAGGGCCUCUUUGUACAGCGGUUCUUCCUCGGAUUCACCGAGUCCAUCGUUCCUACGGCAUUCAUGAUCACCGUCAGCGGUUACUAUACCCAAUCGGAGCAAGCGCUGCGGCAAACAUGGUGGUUCUCGGGCACGGGCUGGUUCACCAUCAUCGGCGGCGCGCUCAACUACGGCUUCGCUCAGAUCAGCGGCGGAGCCCUUACGCCGUGGCAAUACAUCUACGUCUUAGCGGGGGGCUUGACUUUCCUUUUCGGACUCUGGUGCUUCGCGCUUCCCAACUCGUCCCUGAACGCUUGGUUCUUAACGCCGGAGGAACGCAUUGUGGCGGUGGAGCGGUUACGUGCUGGGCAAACGGGUGUGAGGAAUCAGGAGGUCAAAUGGUCCCAGAUCAAAGAGGCGGCGCUUGACGUGAAGGUUUGGCUGGUUGCGUUGAUCAUGGCUUCUGCGUACACCGUGAAUGGUGCAGUCUCAGGCUUCGGUCCGCUCAUCGUCUCGACCUUCGGGUACUCAGCGCUGGAGAGCAUUCUCUUUCAAUUCCCGCUCGGCGCCGUUUGUGCCGUUGGCAUUCCGCUUACCGGCUGGCUGUGUUCGAAGUACCGCAACAUUCGCAUACCGCUCUUGCUUGCUUGCUGUCUUCCAACAAUUGCGGGCUUCAGCAUCAUCUGGAAGUCGGAAUGGGGCCAUCGCCCAGUUGCUCCCGUGGUGGGGUAUUCCCUCAUUGGAUUCUUUGGACCGGUCGUCGGCUUGACCGUUACGCUUGGCGCUGCGAACGUUGCGGGAAACAUCGUGGGGCCUCAGCUGGUGCGGAGCGAAACGAAGGGACAACACUAUCCCGAGCUGUGGACGGGAUUGAUUAUCUGUUAUUGUAUAACCAUUGCGUCUGCUUCGGCGCUGUACGUUCUCCUCUACAGGGAGAACAAGCGUAGGAAUGAAUUAGAUCUGGAUAAGCGAGAGGGCGAUCGCCUUGCGUUCAAGGACUUGACGGACAAGGAAAACCUGCAUUUCAGAUAUGCUUUGUAG